AUGGCUUCGGCCACAAGUACCACGUCCGAGAGUAAGUCGCAUUACCAACAUCGUACGUUCAUCUAUUUCAUGAGUCUACGCACCGGGGUGGAAAUGAUUUCGCUCUCUAUGUUGUUCAACAAAGUUACCGGGUUCUUCGGGCUCCUCGCAAUUCUCACUGGAUUCCGGUUAUCACCCCUUCAAUUCUCGAUGUACCUCUACUCUGUCGCGGCACUUGUCGUUCUCGCGAUUCUAACACCACAUAUUCGGAAACAAAGUCCAUUCCAAUGUCUGGCGCUGGCGUGGCUUUACAUAAUCGAUACGGUUAUCAACACUGCCUACACGACUGCCUUUGCAAUUACGUGGACGCUUGCGGUGAGCGCCAACAAGUCUGGAUCGGGAAUUCCCAGUAGUGCUCCAGGCAGCGGGACAAUUGACGACACGGCUGGAUUUACGAGUCCAAAGUACAACGUUUCAAGUGUGGAGGUGGUUGCGACUCCAAAUGGCGGUGCUGGGCAGGAUGCGGUUGCCUUUGCUGCAUCGGGCGCAGCAGUAACCGCUACACAAACUAGCAUAUCGCAUGGCGUAGGCGUUGAAGAAACUCUCCCAAGUCUCAUAUUAGUGUUCGUCUUCAGCUUGAUCCGCAUCUACUUCAUCUUGGUCGUGAUGGCAUACGCAAGGCAGGUGCUCAGGCAGCACGCAUACUCCAAUUCAUCCAGCAAACUGCACAUAAACACCGACAGUUCUGGCGAACCUACCGCAGAGAACCCUUUUGCAGUUGGUUCAGCGCAGGGUGAAGGAUGGAGGGGCAGGCUAGGGAGGGCUAUGAUCUAUGUUGGCAAGAGCUACUGGCUCGGUGGCCCAGCAGAUGAUGACUCCUGGGUCAAGGGUGUGGAUGGGCGUUUCAAGAGCGCGAAGACUGUCAGCGGGCCUCCAGGAACUAUCGAGCGAGAGAGGAGGGCGAGGUCUGGAACAGGACCGCCGGUUCCCAAGAAUCUGAAUCUGAAGGUGCAGGCUUAG